GGUGACGGGAGCGGUGUGGCGGCCUGAGUGCUGAGUGGAGUUGAGAUUGGUUCUGGCUGGGUGAAGAAAACUGUAAAGGAUAUGUCAGAGAAUCAACCAGAACUACAUCUAGAUAUUACUACAGAUAUGGAAGUUGUUAUAGAUACUGAGGAAGAACUUUUUAAACAGUGUGAAAAAAUGUGGGAAGACAUGGAAGAUUGCCAGAAUAAAUUGUCACUCAUUGGAACUGAGACACUCACUAGCUCAAAUGCUCAGCUCUCAUUACUUUCUAUGCAAAUCAAAUGUCUGACUGGUGAACUUGAUCACUGGAACAAAAGAACACCCGAAAUAACUCCCCUGACUGAAGAUGUUUUGAUAACAUUAGGAAAAGAAGAGUUCCAAGAAUUGAGAUGUAAUCUUGAAAUGGUAGUAUCUACUAUUCAAUCAAAGAAUGAAAAGUUAAAGGAAGACUUAGAAAGGGAGCAACAGUGGUUGGAUGAACAACAACAGAUUCUGGAAUCUCUUAAUGUAUUGCACAGUGAUUUGAAAAACCGCGAUGUGACAUUUUCUGUAUCAAGCAUCCUUAAAGAGCUGAAAGCUAAGAUGCUUAGUAUAAAAGAUUUUAAGGAGAAACUUCUGUUUACCUUGGGUGAGUUUUUAGAAGAUCAUUUUCCUCUGCCUGAUGGGACUAGUAAAAAGAAAAAGAAAUGCAUGCAAACAUCAAAUGCACAACUGAUAACACUGCAUGAAAUAAUAGAGAUGCUUAUAAAUAGAAUGUUUGAUGCUCCACAUGAUCCAUAUGUUAAAAUUAGUGAUUCAUUUUGGCCACCAUAUAUUGAGCUGCUUCUGCGUAAUGGAAUUGCUUUGAGACAUCCAGAAGAUCCAACACAAAUAAGAUUGGAAGCCUUCCAUCAGUAAAAUGAUGGUCUGUUUUCACAGAGUAUGGAUUUUUGUCAUCCACGGAUAAAGCAAACACAGGACUAUUUAAAUAAAGAAUAUUAUUUGCAAAUCAAAGCCACAGUCCAUCUUCCUUUUAUAUUUAGAAAUAGGGACUCGUGUAUCACAACUGGCAUUGGGCUUGUUGAGGACUGACUGCGAUUAUAAGCCUUCACUACCUUCUUUGUUUUGUGAAAUCACUUAUACUGCUUUUGUACAUGCCUUUUCAGUUCACUCAAUAUGUUGAAAUUUUAAACUGUGUGUUAGAAUAUAAGUAAAAACAUUCUAGACUUUUGAAGCAUUUAAUGUUCCUUAUCUCCUUCAAUAUUCUUUGGGAAAUUCUUAUGGAUGUGUGAUUUUGAAAUAACAACAUAAAUAUCUGAAGAA